CAUUCCCCAGACUGCAGCACCGCAUAACACUUAUGAGUUUAUAAUAAUUCUUUCCUUGGAUCAGACCAGAUUAGUCACAUUCCCCAGACUGCAGUGCUGUAUAACCCUUAUGGGUUUAUAAUACUCCUUUCCUUAGAUUAAACCAGAUUAUCGCAUUCCCAGGCUGUCGCUUUUAUGACCCUUACGAGUUUACUGCUUAAAUAUAUGCAUAUGUUUGUGACACCCAUAGCCCCACAUGCCUGUGGUGGGCAUGUCAAAGUUUAUGUGCGUACACGGCCUCUCCUACAGCAGGAAGAGGAGCAGGGUGCGCGGAGCAUCUUAGCUGUUUGUGCUGCAAAUAAAGAGGUUGUCGUCGAUGAUGCACAUGAUAGACCGUACAAGUUUGAAGAGGUCUUUGAAGAAAGCUGUACACAAGAAAUAGUUUUUAGGAAGGCAGUGGCACCUCUUGUAACCAAAGUAAAGGAGGGUCACAAUGCUACUAUUUUUGCAUAUGGUCAAACAGGAUCAGGAAAGACCUUCACAAUGGGUACAAACCCAUGUAGUGCAAAGGUUAAUUUUAUUUGUAAUUUGUUGUCCUGUUUACCAUGUCACAUUUGUGACCCAUUGUGGGUCACAAAAAUGUUUACCUUGUGUAAUACAGUUUGCAUAAGAUAUCCUCAGCAAGGCACAACCUGCAGUCCUCCGUGUCCUGUUUAAAUUAAAAUCAAACUACAGUGGACCCAUGAUUUAAUAAACUAAUAGGAGAGACUGAGUGUCCAUCAAAACUGAUUGUCUGUUAACAGGAAUACAAUAAUGAAACUGAUUUUCCGCAAUUGUAGCAAUAAGGGACAUUAUGAAUUU